GGGAUUUUCAGGGUUAUUCCAGGGUCAGCUCUCUCAUUUAUUUCUUCGGCUCUGGGUCAAGAAACUGAAAUAUUCAAUGGAAAGCAGUCUUUCGCGAUCACUUCUUCAUGUAAAAGCUAUUAUCUGCUAAACCCAAUCAUUUGGCUUGCAGAAUCGACUAUACAGCCUCAAGAAUAUACUUGGCAGAUUGCUACAAGUAUCAAAUAGUCCUAAUGACUAGUCUUAGGAGACAGAGCAAAAGGAGGGCGUGCAAACGUGAUCCGCGAGCAACUUCAACCGCACAAUUAGGGUCUGGAGGACUAAACGGCCGAGAGUUGCGAUCCAAGCAUAGGACCCAGCUCGCUUCUCCACUGUCCCCGGGAAUUCUCAUGCCGUCAAGUCCCUCAGCAGCUACCCAUGAUGAUAGUGUAAGAGGCAUGAAGAAAGGGGGAGAUGGCCUUACGCAUGAGUCCCCAACACCAACGGAAAAUCGAGACGGGGAUUUCAAUGAGGCCGCGAUAUCAGUAUCAGAUUUAUCGAAUUCGCAUCCUCGUGACUCUACGGCUGAACCCAGCACGCCUCAUAGUUCAAGGUACCUUUCAUUGGAAGAGAAGAUCAAGUUUCUCAAAAUUUGCUGUAGGCACGGCACGACGCUCCUGCAUUGCUCAACAUCGGAUAAGCAUGCGGAAGACGAAGUCUGGAGGCUAAUCAUGGGUGAAUUCUCCACGACAGUCCGCAUGGGCUUUUUCACAGACCACACUCUGGUGAAGAAAGUGGCCAACAAGAUUUGUAGGAAUCGGCGUAAGAAAACUGAAGGAAAGAAUACGCCCCCAAGACGAUCUUACAUGGGCUACCUUGAUGUCUGGAUCGACCGAUGGGUGCGUGUUUGGCAAUGUCGCGAUAUGAUUGUUAGCGUUGCUAUAGCUCACGACUCGAUCCGCGAAACACUGGGGGCCAAGAAGUUAAAGCGAAUGUUUCAACACAGGAUGGACGGGAUCGAGUUGCCUGAGGAGCUUGGCGUACUCACCUUCUCGCCUUUGUUGUGGAAAGGAAUGCAAAAGAGGAUUCGGGCUGUUGAGCGAUCCUUGAAACGUCAGUUUAAGUCCCCAUCCCCUGACGGGAAUAACUCAAAUGAGGAUGAAGAUGAAGAUGAAAUAGACGCGGACGCAGCAGUGGAAGUGACUAGCGAGGAACCACUAUUACAGUCAAUUGAGGAAGAGGAGAAAGACCAAAAUGGAUUGUCUCGCAUGACGCCGAGAGUCGAGAGAAAGCAAGAACCUCAGGAUCAAUCUCCGACCACAGAAGAACUUAUUGAGCCAGAAGAAGAUGCCCUCGUAACCGAGUCCAAGAAGGCACCAACUGGGAAGCCGCCAGGUGACGGCAUAGCCAUAUUUGAUUUGACCGAGGAACUUUUUGUGUCAGAACAGCAGACCUCGUCUUCAGACCAACUGGAUUCUCAGAAGAAGUGUCAAGAGGACACCAAGCAAACUCGGCUGCAAAGAGGUGGACUGGAGGAUCCAAAGCCUGGAGCGUCCGGCCCAUACCAUAAUGACGUUGACAACCAAGGGGGCGAAGACCAUUUGACCACCCCAGUCGCUGAGGAAACACCGCGUAACCAGGCUAACGUUUCGCGCAGUAUUCAUACUGCUUCUGGCCGACCACAGCGACUGAGAGCCGGCACGUUUUCGGCCGGCGCGAGAGUAGCGGUUGGGUGGGAUAGGCUGCAAUUGAAGCGAGUUGGUGCGAAUGUUACCGCUCAGCGAGACUACAGGCAAGGUGUAUUUGCUACGAUCAGUAGCGACGGUCGGGUGAAUUUUCGACUUCGUAGCCAAAAUAUGCUGGGUGAACUAGUACCGCCUGAGUUCCGUCUCAAAAGAAUAUCCGUCCCCCACAGUGAUAUUGUUUACUAUCCCAAAUUCCGCGGUAUCUCUUACGACGAAGUUCGGUUAGAAGUAGCUCGCCAAAGCCACGUUCCCAUCAGCCAGCGCACUGUUGAUUCCUGGAUGCCAACACCGCUGGCCGAGAGCAAUGAUACUGAGCUGGGAUCUUCGUCCAGAAAGCUUAGGGAUAGGUUAUUGAGCGGGACUACCGCGGUAGUCAAUGCUACAGAUACAGGUACCAAGUUCCGGGCAAGGACGAGGCAGGAGAAAGCCACAGCCCUAGUGAGACAAGCUGGCACGCUGGAUGCAUUUACCGGAGAAGAUGCCAUCAACAAGAAAGAAAAUCAAACCGUUUUACAUUCUUCCACCACAUUGGAUACACGGCGACGCAAUCCAUCUGUGCAAUCUAGAACAGGCCUCUCUCCAAAUACCUCACGCAAGGAUUCGAAUGAAAACCCCGUCGAAGUACCGAGCCCGGAUAAGACGGGCAUAUAUGAUGCCCCAAGGCCCCUUGAAGGCGAGGCUAAAACGCAGCAGAGCCCCAUAGCAUCACUAGGAAUACCAUGUAGCGGGGGGCGGCCAUUUCAGAAGCAAGAAAGCAACGUCGGGAGGCCUACUAUCAUGAGUAGAAUCACACCCCCAUUGUUUUACGGGGCUAAACCCGAGCUGUCGGGUCACGGUGGUGCUGAUCAUGACCAAUCACUAUUACGGCAGCAGGAUUCCGAUCCGGAUACCCAAGCCUCGGCUAGAUUAUCCCAAGAGCCUCACUCCAAGAAUGGCUUACCUCUGCUACCAUCCCUGAACACGCCAAUAUCAUAUGCUAUAUCAGUGCAGAGCGACUCUGAUAAUGAGAGUUUCCCCGAUAUCGAGGAAUUAUACAGAAGGAGGUGGUUCGUAGAGGAGGCUGAGGCUUCUAGUAAUCCGUCUGUUUCGCAACAACGACGGGUACAGAGUCCUGAGUAUACCGGCAGCAAAUUUGCGUCGGCGUAUGGAAAACCCCGUGCAUCUCCAUCAUCCUGUGCACAGAUAUACGACCAAGAAUUGUCGCAGGCAGAUGUGAAGGUGCCUUCGGUAGAAAGCAUCCCAAACCCGCACUUAAAUACGAAUGUGGGAGGCCAAGAGGGGUUGGGUAAGGAGUCACAGGCCCAAAGCGAUAAAACGAGCCUUCAAAUGAGCCCGCAGUCGAAGAAACGCACGAGAGGGCAGUCUAUGUUGAAAUCAGCGGGCCAUGACCUGCAAGAUAAUGUUGAGAUGGCUGAAUCUCCAAAUCUUCUGUCUUCGACAGAUGGCAAUCGUUUGACAAAGAGAUGGAAGCAGUUACCAGGUUCCAAAUCUGUGACAAAGUCUGGACCGAGCCACACCUGGACCCAAAGCCCGGCGCAGGUCAAACCGUCCGCUUCAUUGAAUCUACCGGAGCCCAGUCUAGGCUCGGCCAAAGCCCCCACUUCUCCUGACAAGGACAAACAGUUUCAACACCCCAAUGAUAGCCUAAUGAGCAAAGGCAAAGGAAAAGUUGCCACCCGCGAUUUUACGCCCACGUCGAUGAAGACAAUCGGUGAGCCUUCUUCGUCCAGAUGGAAAUCGAAGCCUGAAAGAAAGACACCAUCUCAUCGUUUCACACCAUACGGCCAACCACCAACUUCAAUUCAACCUCCAAGAGGAAAGCAAGGCCUUAGCGAUCUUGCGCAGAUUGCCGAGCCCUGGGCAUCGUCAGCCAAAAGCUCGGGCCCCUAUACUCCCCACGCUUCGUCCAAGGAAAGACGAAAGGGUGGUGGAAAUGGAAGGAGGCGAAGUCGUCGUCCUCGACCUAAUAGCAGGGGAAAAGACAACAGAUUUAUUAGAGAAAUGACAACGAACACGAUAGAUUUUAGGAGUUUUAGCCCGGAUAGGAAGUACGAAUAUCUACAUCAUAAGGUAACAGAUAUGAAGGAGGAGCUUCAUAAAACAGAAAAACAAUUGGCUAGUUUCUUCGAUAUGAACAGAUAACACCGCAAUGUAUAGCUAAGACUCUUUUCAUUAUGAUAUGUAGGUAACACCUGUCUCGAGGAGACGAAUGGAUGCGACGAGGAGGACAAGAAACACGAGGGAUGGUAUGGUGAUUAACUAAUUUUUGGGUUGAAUUUAUUUGCUGGUGUAUUACAACUUCUAUUCACCAUGAUGGCUCUGUGUGUCUAUGUAUUAGUGUUCGGUAUAACUAUUACUAUGAACCUACCUAAGGUUAGGGUAGUUUAAAAAUGUUAUUAUUCCUCGGCUUCUCGUACGGAUUACGGGAUAUUGGUCUAAGGAGGUUGAUAAAAGGUUACGGCUGCACGUGGAUUUCCGAUUAGCCGAUUGGCGAGAGUUCUCGGGGCUGUAAGUGGAUUAAGGAAAGUAUUAUUAUUACCAGGUACCCUAGAUACCCUAGGUUAGGUGGUUUAUGGACACAGGGAUCUAAGAACAAGGAUCUGCAUUCCUCAACAAUUGAUCAUUUUGGUAGGACAAAUACCCCAGGCAAUCCCCAACAGAAAAAAAAGGAAAGAAAAAAAGACAAGGACCCUGGGAUAGCGGAGAAACCCUUUCCUUGAUCGGGAACAUACCCCUGGAUCAAUUGGACGAACCUUCUUCACCACGAUUGGCGAAAGUUAAUAGCAGAAUAGGUAGGUACAACCCCAUUUUAGG